UUUAAUAGAAUUUUAUAAAAUCUUGAAUGUGUCACAUUGUCAUUUAUGGUAAGUAGUAUCCAAAAUAAUAAGCUUAAAUAGAGGAUCCUCACCAUCAACUUCCACUCAUCAUCACAACUUCAACUUUUCAAUACUCAGAUUAACAAUGACGAUUUUCUCCACAUUACAUCUUCUCUUCUUCUCCUUCAUCAUAGCCACAUGUACAAUUUCCAUUGUCUCCGGCACCGUCUUCACUUUAUCGAACCGCUGCAGCUUCACCGUCUGGCCCGGAAUCCUAACCGCAAAAUCAAGACUAAUCGGCGACGGCGGAUUUGCCUUACCUUCAGGAUCUUCUGUUAACUUAACCGUUUCUCCAGGUUGGUCCGGUCGAUUCUGGGGUCGAACGGGUUGCAACUUCGACGCCUCGGGUUCCGAAAAAUGCACCACCGGAGACUGCGGCGGCAAGUUAAAAUGCGCCGGCGCAGAAGGAGCUCCACCAACCACACUAGCCGAAUUCAGAAUCGGCUCCUCCGGAAAGGAAUACGCCGUACAAGAUUCCUACGACGUGAGCCUCGUCGACGGUUACAACGUUCAGAUGAAAAUCAAUCCACAAGGUGGCUAA